AUGGAUAGGAAGCGACUGUGCGUGAAGGUCGUAAGCGCUCGAAACCUCGAGAGUCCUCAGUUGGUGGACGCCUAUUGUGUCGUGGGACUUUGUGAGGUGAAAUCCAAGAAAUACCGUGGCAAUUACCGCUUAGCUAGACGUUCUUUGACCGUGACAGGUUCCACUAGCCUUUCGUGGGCUCAUGUCGCGGAAUUUGUGGUGCCUGUUCGGCCUGCAAGCGUGAGAUUGAUAGUGCAAGUUUUUUGUAAAAAGAAUUUCUUCUUUGACAUGUUCCCGUCCAGUUGCAGCAAUUUAUCCGAUGAAGAAGAAGAAGAAGUGAAAGUGAUUCAAGAAAAAACAUUGUCUGCAAAGGAAGAGAAGAAGACAUUGACGUCAAGGCCGCAGACUUUUGUGAAUGGAUGGAAACGGAUUCAUGAUAGUGACAGUGAUGAUGUUGUCACGCUUUCUGAGGAGGAAGAUGAGGACGUGGAUGAGAUUCAUGAUGAUGAAGAGGAUGACUCGCCACUAAUUGAGGAAGAAAAUGCCGGUGUAGUUGGAAAUUGCAAUGACGAGAUGCUGGGUGCUGUUGAAAUUAAUUUGAGCUUGUUGUGCAAGUCGUCGAGACCUGUGACAGACUCGUGGUAUUGUUUGGGUGGCACGAGAACGGGAGAAGUGAGGAUUCGAACGAUUUGGUAUGAACGAGGGGUAAGACCCCUCACGGCGCAGGAUCGUGACAUGCUGUUUGAAGAGCAUUUGAAUCGUUCGAUAGCGAAACCUAUGAGUGACUUUUACGGAUUUGCCAUACCAGAAGCUGCUAGGAAAGACUGGAUGCACUUGCGCUCGUACCAGGAUUGCCGAGAGGAAAGACGCGUUGAGGAUUGGGCGAGGCUGUACGGCACCCAACUAUCUGAACGUCUACGACGCUGCUCAUACAAGGAAAAAGACACGGAAGAGAAAGCCCUCCUCAUACAGCUAGCUCGAGCUGGCAUUCCACGGCACUUACGAGAACGAGCGUACAUGAAUCUCUCCGGAGCGGGCGAAAAGCAAGCGAAUGCAGGUCCGAACUACUAUAUUGAUCUUGCCAAGCAAGCAGAGACGAUCGAGACAGAGGCGUCUCGCCAAAUUGAGCUCGAUAUUGAUCGUACAUUUGGACACUCCCAAACGACAAUAUGCUCCGAUUCGGGACGUACACAGUUGCGCCGGAUUCUCAGGGCUUAUUCUCUUCGGAACCCGUCCGUUGGUUAUUGCCAGGGAUUGAAUUUUAUUGUGGCAUUUCUGAUGCUAAUGGCGAAUGAGGAAGCUGUUUUCUGGCUUUUGAGUGUAUUUUGCGAAGAUUUGUACCCAGGCUACUACUCCCCUACAAUGGAUGACAUCCAGAGAGAUAUGUUGGUGCUUAAGCAAUUGAUCGCUGAAGAGCUUUUGGAGCUUAAUGAGUUCACGUCGGAGGUGGGGCUUCCGUUAGAACUCCUGGGCUCUCAGUGGUUGUUAUGCUUGUUCACCACGACCUUCCCCAGUGAGACAGUAUUCCGCAUUUUUGAUUGCAUCUUCACAGAGGGCCCAUCUUUUGUUUUCCCUGUCAUCAUGACGCACUUGCGGCGAUUGGAGCCGACAUUGUUGGGAUUGAGUGAGUUCCAUGGUGUGCUGUCGUCGAUUAAGGACGCAGAAAGCGCAUGCGUUGAUGGCGAUAUGUUUAUGAAUGCAGUUUGCAAGGAAGCGGAGAGUAUCACCGCCAUUAGGAUUCAGAAGCUUCGCGAGGAUCAAUGUGGGUCUGUGCGCUGCGAAAUGGAACGAGCUGAACGUGCCCGUUCAUUCAACCAGCAGCUAGCUAUCGUUUACCAGAUCCCUGCAUUCUCAAACUAUGCAGUGGGACUCCUUCGUUUUUUCCAUGAGGAGGCGGAAGGUUCCUCGCGCUCAAAUGUUGCCUACGUAUUGACCAUGCUCUGUCAUGGUCUCGUUUGGCUUGCGGAGCACUCCAAGCGAUGGAAUCGCUAG